CUUACUCUCUCUCUCUCCACCAAUGACUACAAGCUUCUGAGUGAUAUCACCCAAAACGCCACCCCCACAUUUUCCUCUCUCAUUGCCUUCUUAAUCCAAAAGAUACAUAAAAAGAAGCUCCAAAAACCCAUUGGAGUGCUGAGAUAUGGGUUCUCCCUUUCCAAGAGCUGUGCUUUUUGUUUUGAUCAGUGUCUUAUUGAUAUCUGCUGAGUUUGUGUUUGCAAAACAUGCAGCAGGCAUCACGAGGCACUACAAGUUUGAUAUAAAGCUUCAAAAUGUGACAAGGUUGUGCCAAACAAAGAGCAUUGUGACAGUGAAUGGGCAGUUUCCGGGGCCUAGAAUCAUUGCCAGGGAAGGCGAUACCGUUUUGGUUAAGGUUGUUAACCAUGUUCAGAACAAUGUCACCCUUCAUUGGCAUGGAGUGAGGCAACUAAGGAGUGGAUGGGCAGACGGACCAGCAUACGUAACACAGUGCCCAAUUCAAACCGGGCAGGCGUACGUGUAUAAGUUCACCAUAACCGGCCAGAGGGGGACCUUGUUUUGGCACGCCCACAUCUCAUGGCUAAGAGUGACUCUCUACGGGCCUAUAAUCAUCCUCCCCAAGCGACACGUUUCUUACCCAUUCCCUCAACCCUACAAAGAAGUUCCCAUCAUUUUCGGUGAAUGGUGGAAAACAGAUACUGAGACACUAAUCAGCCAAGCAUUGCAAACAGGAGGUGCACCAAAUGUAUCUGAUGCCUUCACCAUUAAUGGACUUCCUGGACCUUUGUACAACAAAUGCUCGGCUAAAGAUACAUUUCAGUUGAAAGUGAAGCCCGGGAAGACGUACCUCCUCCGGCUCAUCAACGCCGCGCUCAACGACGAGCUCUUUUUCAGCAUCGCCAACCACACACUCACCGUGGUGGAAGCCGACGCAGUCUACGUCAAGCCAUUCAGAACCACCACGGUUCUCAUCACCCCGGGCCAAACCACCAACGUCCUCCUCCGCACCAAACGCCACCACUUCCCCAACACCACCUUCCUCAUGGCCGCCCGACCUUACGCCACCGGCCCCGGCGCCUUCGACAAUUCCACCUCCGCGGCCACCCUCCAAUACCAGCACCGCCGCCACCUGUCCUCCACCGCCUCAUCCGCUAAAAACCUGAAACGUCUCCUGCUAAAACCCAAAUUUCCUUUCUUCAACAACACAAAGUUUGCAACAAUUUUCAGCAAGAAAAUCCACAGCUUGGCGAAUUCGAAAUUCCCAGCAAAUGUCCCCAAAAGAGUUGAUAGACGGUUUUUCUUCACAGUUGGGUUAGGGUUAACCCCAUGCGCUAAAACUCAAAAUUGCCCAGGACCCAAUAACACCAAACUGGCAGCCUCAAUAAACAACGUAUCAUUUGUGCAGCCAAACACGGCCUUACUUCAAGCCCAUUUCUUCAACAAAUCAAAGGGGGUUUACACCACUGAUUUCCCAGUCAACCCAUUGGUCAAGUUUAAUUACACGGGCACUCCGCCGAGCAAUAUCGUGGUGACAAGUGGCACGAAAGUGGUGGUGCUGCCGUUUAAUUCUAGGGUGGAACUAGUAAUGCAAGAUACCAGCAUUAUUGGGGCAGAGUCUCACCCUCUGCAUCUACAUGGAUUCAAUUUCUUUGUUGUGGGUCAAGGGUUCGGGAAUUUUGACCCGAAUAAGGAUCCGGCUAAGUUUAAUUUGGUUGACCCGGCUGAGAGGAAUACGGUCGGUGUGCCCUCUGGUGGGUGGGUUGCAAUCCGAUUCCUAGCGGACAAUCCAGGAGCAUGGUUCAUGCAUUGCCACCUUGAGAUUCACACAAGUUGGGGACUGAAGAUGGCAUGGAUCGUCAUGGAUGGAAAGCGCCCCAAUCAGAAGCUACCCCCUCCACCAUCCGAUCUUCCAAAGUGUUGACACAAGAAAUUAACUUCUUUGUGUAUUUUUUUUUUUCCUUUUAUUUUGGAUCAUGUUUCCUUAUUCGAUCUUCUUCUUCUUUUUUCUCGAAAAAAAAAAAUUUUAAGUGAAAGUAGUGGAAGAGAAUAUUUUAGAGAAUUAGGUUACAUGGUUGUUUGGAAUAUAAAUUUGAGUGGGACUUUUGAGUAUGAAAUUAAGCACAAUGAUUGAAAAGUACAGA